CAAAAUGGUCGCCGUAUCACUGCUCCUGACAGGAGUGUUUGUGAGUUUAUUUACUUUUUUGUUGUAUCGGCUGGAGAAAAUCAGAAGAAAUGUGGACAGGCUCGGGGGACCUAGAUCUCUCCCGAUUCUAGGAAAUGUGCAUCAGCUGAAGAGAAGUCCUAAAGAUUUCACAGAACAGUUUUUAAGUUUGUUUGAGGAAUUUUCUUACCAGCCAGUACUUCGCUUACUAUUUGGAUGGCAUCCCAUGAUAUUUGUUUGUAGUCCAGAGGAGGCAGAGCCAUUACUUAACAGCUCUAAACACAUGGAUAAGUCUUCAGACUACAGGUUUAUGUAUCCAUGGUUAGGAACUGGACUUCUCACAAGCACUGGUGAGAAAUGGAAGAGCAGACGUAAGCUUUUAACACCAUCAUUUCACUUCAAAAUCUUACAUGAUUUUGUUGGUGUGUUUAAUGAACAAGCAAAAAUACUUCUUGAGAAGAUGUUGCUGCAAGCUGAUGGUAAAACCACAGUUAACAUGCUUGAUGACAUCACACUCUGUGCAUUAGACAUAAUUUGUGAGACAGCCAUGGGUAGAAGUGUGAAUGCUCAAAGAGACAGUAAUUCAGAAUAUGUACAGGCUGUAUGCAAGGUGGCAGAAUACACAAUUUUACGAGCACGGUCACCAUGGUUAUGGCCAGAGAUUCUCUUCAGUCUGAUUGGUCCAGGCAAGGACUAUAAGAGAUGUUUGUCCAUACUCCACGGUUUCACUGAAGAGGUAAUACAAGAAAGACAGGCAGAAAUUUUGAAGAAAUGUGAUUUUGAAAACACUAGGCCAGAAUUGCUAGAAGAGAGAGAAAAUGGAACCACUUUGGGCUGUAAGAAAAGACUAGCAUUCUUAGAUAUGCUGCUGUGUGCAACAGCGGGACCACAGAAAAUGACAUAUCAAGAUAUCAGAGAAGAGGUGGAUACAUUCAUGUUUGAGGGCCAUGACACAACAGCCACUGCCGCCAGCUGGGCACUUCAUUUCAUAGGGGCCGACCCUGAUGUUCAAAGGAAAGUUCAUGACGAAAUGGACAAAAUAUUUGGUGAUAGUGAUCGAGAUGCCACAAUGGACGAUCUCAAGGAAAUGAAAUACCUUGAAUGUUGUAUAAAGGAAUCUCUGAGAAUAUUUCCAUCAGUAGCAUUGUUUGGUAGAAGUCUUACAGAAGAUACUUUAAUAGGUGGUGUUAAUAUACAAAAAGAUACCACUGUUGUGAUAGUGCCAAUAGCAAUUCAUAGAAACAAAAAUAUAUACCCGGAUCCAAUGAAAUUUGAUCCAGACAGAUUUCUUCCAGAAAAUUCUGUGUCAAGACAUCCAUUUGCCUUCAUACCUUUUUCAGCAGGGGGAAGAAAUUGUAUUGGUCAGAAGUUUGCUAUUUUGGAAGAGAAAGUACUACUCACAACCAUCUUUCGCAACUUCUCAGUGAAGAGUAUGCAGAAAAGAGAAGAGUUAUGUCCAAUAUUAGAACUGAUGUUGAAGCCAGGAAAAGGAAUAGAAGUUAUUUUAACAAAAAGAAGCACUGAAUCAGUCAUAUGAGCUUAAUAUACAGUUAAACCUGUAUUAAGCAAACAAAAAAGAGAGCAACAUAGUUUCGUUGCUUAAGAUAUGUGGCCGAUUUAGUACUAAAACAGUUUUGGAAGUUAACUUACUGGCUACUUAAAACUAAUUGAUUAAUACAGGCAGCCACUGAAGUAGAUUCAGGGGUUUUAGAUAAACCUUGAACAUGAUUGAAAACUUACUGUGAUAUAUUUACUGUAUUUUGUUAAAAACGUAUUAUUCUCUGAGUGUAAAAGACACAAACAGUCUGUGAUAUUAUAAACUCUACAAUCUGAUAA